CAUCGUCUAUAAAGAGGAGUACGAGUCGCUUAUUAGCGGUGCCAGGAACGACUGGUCGAUCGAGAGACCACAAGGGGAGAUCGACAUUAUGACUAAAUACGCCGAGAGGGGUGCUUUUUUAAUUUCGACAUACCUUGUGAACGCGAUCGUUUGUGUCAUCCUGUUCGUGACCACGCCGGUGACACCGCAUAUUUUGGACAUUUUACUACCGAAGAACGAGUCACGAGACGUAGCGUACAUUUACCCGGCCUAUUAUUUCACCGACGAGCAUAAGUACGACGUGUACAUAAUUACGCACAUGGCGUCCGUGAUCCUUGUGGUGUUUUACGUGUACGUCGCUUGUGACACCAGUUACAUAUACGUCGUGCAACACGGCUGCGGAUUGUUGGCCGUGUCCGGAUACAUUGACAAGAUCGUAAAAAUCCAUGCGGUCUAUUUUUUUAUUUGCGUCGUUCUUAUAAUGAUUUGCUUCAGCGUGAUACUGGUGAAGGUGUCGAACUCGGAGAUUAAUGCGGAGUUUGCCAAGGAUUGCACAUUUAUCGUGAUUCAAUUGGUACACAUACUUUACCUAACUCUUCAAGGACAAUUCGUGAUCGACGCGAACGAGGAAAUCUUCGAAUCGAUAUACAGCGCUUUGUGGUAUAACAGCGACAAGAGAACGCAAUCGUUGUUUGUAUUAGCGUUAAGAAAUUGUCUAUCUGCUCCUCAAAUAACAGCCGGUGGACUAAUUACAAUGAACUUGCAAAGUUUCUCAGAGAUUGUAAAGACGUCUGUCUCGUACUACAUGGUACUGAAAUCCGUAUAAACGACAUAAUGCACUUCUAACAGCAAGAAUAUCGACGAACAAAGCGCACUGGUCAGCGCAAAUCAGUGGAGUUGAUG